AUGUCUGGCGAGGACGACUCUAGCGGCUGGCAGCUUACCGAAUCUGAUCCUGGUGUAUUUACUGAAUUGUUGAAAUCUUUGGGUGUUCCACUUAUCUGUGAUGACCUGUAUUCCCUCGAUGCCUCCGUGCUCGCACCGCUCGCGCCCAUUCACGCCCUCAUUUUCCUCUUUAAAUGGCUGCCUUCAUCCGGCGAACCCGACCCUUCGUCAACUACCGGCUCUCAAUACGAUCCCGACUUUCCUGGCUUCUUCGCUCAUCAAGUAGUAAACAAUGCCUGUGCCACUCUCGCCGUCCUCAACGCUCUUGGCAACAUCACUCCUCUCCCUUCCACGUCGACGAACCGUGCCCCUGGUUCAACAUCCCAAUUAGAGGACCUCUUUGCGUUCACAACGGGUAUGGACCCACAAACCCGCGGAUUAGCCGUGACAUCGGCGGAUUGGUUGAGAGAGGCGCAUAAUGCGCUUUCGCCGCCCAGUGCAAUUUCGUUAGAUGGGUUGGAUUUGCCCAGGGAGACGGAGAAGGACGCCUACCAUUUUGUAGUUUAUCUACCGGUGAAUGGAGCAGUUUAUGAGUUGGAUGGGUUGAAAAGGGAGCCGAUCAGGCAUGGGGCUUGGGAGGAGGGUGGGGAGGGUUGGAUUGGAAAGGCGAGGGAGGUCAUUGAAGCUCGGAUAGCGACGUAUCCCGCUGGCGCACUCGAGUUCUCCCUCCUCGCAUUGCACGAUGAUAACCUCCCUGCAUUACAAGCCCAACUUGAGCAAUUACAAGCGGCGGGAGACACGAUGAUGGCGGAAGAAGUCGGCCAGAUGGUGGCGAACGAGGCCGCGAAGAGGCAACGAUGGGAUUUCGAAAACUCGCUCCGGAGACAUAAUCACCUCGGCCUGAUCCACGCGCUCCUCCUCGCCAUGGCCAAAUCGGGAACAUUGGAUAAAGCAGUCGACGGUGCGCGGACUGUGAUGAAGACGAGAGUUGAGGCCAGGAGGGCGGCAGGGUUGAAGGGUGCGGAUCUUAUGGAGGACUGAGUGUGCUCUGGAGGUACUGAGCGCUGAGUGCUGAGCUGAUAACUACGUGUUGGAGGUGCAUGUUUUGAUGUGGUGUUGGUGUUGCUAAACACGAGUUGACAGAAGUAUAUCCAGUAUUU